AUGGGUGGAAUAAAAUCCACAGAGAAAUCAAUUGAUGUUUCGGAUCCACUCACCUUGCAUCACUCGGAUCACCCGGGAAUUGUUUUGGUAUCCAGGCUUCUUGAAGGAUACAACUAUAGCCAAUGGAGUCGAUCUAUGCGUCUCAAUCUUAGCGCAAAGAAUAAGAUCGGCUUUGUCGAUGGGUCUGUCAAAGCCCCAGCAUCCACAGAUGCGAAACACUCUAUUUGGCAACGAUGCAACGACAUGGUAUUGUCGUGGAUCUUGAAUUCAGUACAUCCGGACAUUGCCGGCAGCGUGAUCUAUGCCGAAACAGCGGCUGAAGUUUGGAAUGACCUCAAAGAGAGGUUUUCACAGGGCAAUGAUUCCAGAAUUUACCAACUCCAACAAGAAAUUGUUGAACAUCGACAGGGACAGCAAUCUGUCUCGGCUUAUUACACCAAGAUGAAGGCACUUUGGGAUGAGUUGUCUUCCUACCAUGACACUUUAUCAUGCACGUGUGGAGGAUUGAAGGAAGUUGUUGCACGACAAGAGAAAGAAAGAGUCAUGCAGUUUUUUGAUGAUGCAACCCCUUCCUGA